AUGGACCUCUGGACUAACACACCAUGGAAGCAUUACGAUCCGGACGAUAUGAACUCAGUAGAGGAGUUAGUGCAGGGCACCAAAGACUGGUUGACUGCAGACCAAGACACACGAACAAGGGUCGCAGCAAUUCUGCCAAAUUUAAUCAAGGGAUUUGCGUCUAGGCUUCGUUAUGAUACUGAAUAUCUAAUUCAUCAGGAUAUUAUAACUUUUAUUGAUGAUCAUAGCUACGAGAUUUCGGCAGAAUGUUUGAGUGCUCUCUCAACAGAACCAAAUAUCAUUCAAGGAAUUCAAGAUACAAUUAUGUCUUCUCUCUUGCCUGCACACCAUUACGGCGAACCCCAAAAUUGCGCUGUUGUCUUUGAGCUUGAAUGCGAUCUUCGUUCUUUUUCCGAAACACAGAAUCCUGAAGAUCGGCCAGGCGAGGGCCUUAAGGCGGCUUUCACCAUGACUGGAUCCGAUUUAGAUGUUCAAGGAGCAACUUGCGGUAAUUAUAUGCAUCAAACUUGGCCUCUAACAGGAAAGGCAAUCACCGAGCUUGUUAGAGGUGCUCUUUGUACAAUGCCGGACGGGACAAAACUUAGCGCAUCUAUUGAUGAAUCCACAGGUAAACUUACGGUGGAAGCUUACGGGUCUGCAGUCUCUGUAGCAGAGCUCGGAGAGCAGCUUGCUUGGCUUAGACCUGCUGUAAGAGCUUCGCCUCUAGACAAUGACAAGAUUGCGUAUUGUGUGCCAGUGAUCAUCAAGGAUUUGGGCUCAGGAAAUAUGAUGCCGCACAGUUCGAUCUUUCAACCAUCAUUUGAAAAGAUGGAAGAGACUUCAGGCACGCGACUAAAUGGGCGGUGCAUUAUUGUAAAGGGUUAUCCAAUAUCUAGGAGAAAUGUGUGGAGAGAGUCUGGAUGCCCUGGUCAGUGUGAUGUUAUGAUCGGCACUGAUUAUUGGAACCGAUUGAUUGAGAAACUUUGUUGCUCAAGGUGGUGCCUAUAA